AGUGAAACAUUGCCACGUCCACAAAACCCUCAUAACAGAAUUCUACUGCCUUCAUCAUAGCUGCUGUUGCCGCGUCCACAAAACCCUCCGUCAGCAAAAGUAGCCGCCGCAACCACCUCUUCCAUAUUUAUCAAUUUUCAUCUCUCACUGUCACACUCGUCACGCUACUAUGGAAAUAUUCCAAGAAGGAAUUGCUUUGGUUUUUAGCCGUUGGUCGGCACUCAGACUCGCCGUUGAAAACGAGUGGGGUGGCCGAAACUCUCACAUCAAAGCUCAACAGUUCGCCGCCGAUAUAUUUUCUUGGUUCACUCAAUCCAGAGACCCGCUUUAUAUUGAUGACCUAGAAACGUUACUCGAAGAAGGUGCGCUUGAGUUCAAUCUAGGGAUUGAAGAUGGCAGUGUUGAAGAGGUAGCUGAAGAACUAAUGAUUAUGCAUGAAGAAUGCUUGGCUGGUAAUUUUGGGUCUGUUGAGCGUCUCAGGGAAGCUAGUCAUAAUCCAGCUAAUUUUCCUCGUGCGGAACCGCUUGCGAAUGGCAACGAAGACGACGAUGAUUCUGAUGAAAACAUUAUUGAGGAUGAUGUUUCAGCAAACAUGGAUGUGGAUAUUCAACAAUCCAUAUCUAACUUGAAUUCCAUGAACAAUACAGUUAAUGAGCCUCAACCAACGGUUGCAGGUGAAGCAGACACGGACAUUCAAAAUUCCGAAUCUAACUUGAAUUCCAUGAACAAUACAGUUAAUGAGCAUCAACCAAAUGUUGCAGAUGAAGCAGAUGAUGGAUGGACUACUGUCUCCAGGAGGAGAAAUAAUGGUAGAAGAAUUAGAUGAAAAACAUUUAUAUUAUUAAUUUUUAAUGAUAUGUGUAGGCUCCAAUACUUUGCUAUGUUUGUAAGCCAUUUCAAGCCUUAUUGAGUUGUGUAAUUGUGAUUUAUGCAAACUUUUUGUUUACUUAUUUAAAAGAUUCCAUUCUAUGACAUGGAUAUCUAUAUGAAAUUGAAAACAGAUAAGUUGAGUGAAUGAUUUUUGAGAAUGUUGCAUCACUUUUUUUCCUCA